AUGGAAUCUGGAGGUAGGUUCUACUCAGUUGAUGAGUUCAGAUUGGACCCCAAAUGGCUGAUUGAUCCUAAGCAUCUCUUUGUUGGGCCACAGAUUGGGGAGGGAGCUCAUGCCAAAGUCUAUGAGGGAAAAUAUAAAAACCAGACUGUUGCUAUUAAAAUUGUACACAAGGGUGAGACUGCGGAUGAUAUCGCCAAGAGAGAAGGGCGUUUCGCAAGGGAGGUGGCAAUGUUGUCAAGAGUGCAACAUAAGAACUUGGUGAAGGUGGGAUUUUGGUUUAGGCUUUCACUGAUUCUUAUUCUUGUGUCUGUUUUUAUCGGUGCCUGUAAGGAGCCUGUAAUGGUGAUAGUCACCGAGCUGCUAUUAGGAGGAACAUUGCGUAAGUAUUUGCUAAACAUGCGUCCCAAAUGCUUGGAUAGACAUGUUGCCAUUGGUUUUGCACUUGAUAUUUCACGCGCUAUGGAGUGCCUGCAUUCUCAUGGGAUCAUCCACCGUGAUCUUAAACCUGAUAACUUGCUGUUAACUGAAGACCAGAAAACAGUCAAGCUAGCAGAUUUUGGUUUAGCAAGAGAAGAGUCAUUAACUGAGAUGAUGACAGCUGAAACAGGAACCUACCGCUGGAUGGCUCCAGAGUUGUAUAGUACUGUCACACUGAGGCAAGGGGAGAAAAAGCAUUACAACCAUAAAGUUGAUGCUUAUAGUUUUGCAAUUGUGUUGUGGGAGCUCUUACACAACAAAGUUCCUUUUGAAGGCAUGUCAAACCUUCAGGCAGCAUAUGCUGCAGCCUUUAAGAAUGUAAGGCCAAGUGCAGAGAAUCUUCCUGAGGAAUUGGCUCUAAUUCUUACUUCAUGCUGGCAAGAGGACCCAAAUACCAGGCCCAACUUCACCCAGAUAAUCCAAAUGCUCCUUAAUUAUCUCUACACUGUUGCACCACCUGAACCCAUGAUUCCUUCAAGAAUAUUCAGUUCUGAGAACACUGUCUUGCCGCCAGAGUCACCGGGAACUAGCUCCUUAAUGGCAAAACUUGAUGACACUGGCGACACACCAAGAGCAAAGGACGAAGUCAAGCCUAACGGUUUUCUUUGCUGCUUUAGUCAGUGUUAUUAA